CACGUGGUUAAGCUCCCAGGGGUGGAUUCUACCAGUUUUACUUUAGUUCCUCCUUUUAUAAGAGCUCAGAAUCACAACAAGGAAACUAACCCCAAAGAUGAGCUUCGCAUGUCAAAUCUUAGCCAACUUCCUUCUGAUUUUCAUCUGUUUUACCAAAGGUGCAGCUCCUACAGACAUUAUAGUCCUGGGUAAGCUGGGUCAUGACAUCAACCUGAACAUUCCUGAGUUUCAAAUGAAUGAUACUGUAGAUGAUAUAAAAUGGGGAAAAAAUUCAACCAAGGUUGCACAAUACUCAGUCAAGAAGAAAACUUACCAGCGAGAGGAAAAAUACCACAUAUUUAAAAACGGAACUCUGAAAAUUAAACGUCUGGAGAGAAAUGACAGCGGUACUUACAAGGCAGAAGUAUAUGAUUGGUAUGGAAAACACAUUCUUGGAAAACAAUUUGAUUUAAGGAUUCUAGAGGCCGUUUCAAAACCUAACAUGUCCUGGAGUUGUACCAACACAACCCUGACCUGUCGGGUAACGAGUGGAACUAACCCUAAAUUAAAACUGUAUCAAAAUGGGAAGAGUGUCAGAGAAGAUAAUAAGGUCAUCGUGUACAAGUGGAGCAACCUGAAUACUGUGCAAUUCAAGUGCACGGCAAGUAACGACGUCAGUGAGGAAAGCAGAAUGGAGAAAAUCAAGUGUUCAGAGCAAGGUAUGAAUAUCUACCUCAUCCUUGGCAUAUGUGUAGGAGGCAUCAUCUUGCUUGUCUUUCUGGCCCUCCUCAUUCUCUACAUCAGCAGGAGGAAGAAACAGCCCAGAAGGAGAAAUGGUGAGGAACUGGACAUCAGAGCACAUAGAAUAACCUCUGAGGAAAGGAGCCGGAAGCCCCAUCAGAUUCCAGGCUCAGCUCCUCAAAAUCCAGCUGCAUCCCAACCUCCUCCACCCCCUGGUCAUCGCACCCAGGCACCUGGUCAUCGCCCCCCACCUCCUGGCCACCGUGUCCAGCACCAGCCGCAGCACCAGCCACAGAAGAGGCCUCUCCCUCCCUCGGGCACACAAGGUCACCAGCAGAAAGGACCCCCUCUCCCCAGGCCUCGAGUUCAACCGAAACCUCCCCGCGGGGCCACGGAAAACUCGUAACUGUCUCCUGGCACAGUUGUCCCCUUCCUCUAAUUCAAGAGCUAGAAUCCAUCCUUUCCCAGACAGGCACUGCGGGAGUCCUGGCCCCCCCACCCAGUGUGCCUGGCUGUGUGUACUACACAGGAGAACAUUCUCGUCUCCGAAGCUCAUGGACCACAGCCACACCGCCUCCCUUCUCAGCCACGUGGUCUAACAUCUGGGGUCUCUGGCCUCCUCCUAGAGCUCCACCGCGCCAGGAAGGGAAAGACAAUAAAAGUGCCAUCGUUAGGAUGAUGGGUGACCGAGCACAAAAUUCUAGAGCUCUCUGCUCCUCCCUGUGUGACAUCCAGCGGUCGCUGAGUCCGCACCUCGCUGCAAGCCGCCUGCCCACUCAAGAGACUCUGGGGCUUCUUAUAUGCCUGGUGGACCCUUGCCCACCAUCCCGGGAGUAGACCAGAAAUAAAAGCUUUGACUUGACCCCAAUGUUCUCUCAUUGUAGGAAGGAGCCCAGCCUCAAGCUGCUGCAUGAGAAAGAGUCUAGUUGGUGUGGCAGUAGGAUCAAAUUUGGUCACUCCAGUUCAUCUGGGCCACCUGCAUCCCCACCAGAACAUGUUCCCCAGGUCUCAGCUCCAAAGCUGGCCUGCCAACCUACUUGUAGGUUUCUAUAAUGAACUGAAACCUCUAUGCACAAACCUCAACAAGAGGCACCAGAAAACGUAACUGUUUGGGUCUCACUUCCUUGACUGUUCAGACAUGGUCACAAUGAUCUCUGGAGUCAUCCUAGAAAAGACAGGAAUCCGUGAAUACUGGGGGUGCCAUGAGCCUAUCGGACGACAUACCACAGGGCAGGCUAAGAGAGGUCAGACCCCAUCCCCAGCGAGAGUCAUGCUGGCUGUGCUCUGGGGGGAAGUGGGGAGGGAAAAAAAAACACCCAGUUUUCGGUUAAGGUUUUCAAAGAAUAUGCAGUGAGAAGGCACCUGCUUUGAAAUGGGGGUGCCAUGCUUGUGGUCCCAUGCACCACCUCCCCCUGGCUUCUUAGACUUGCUAAGCCUUAUCAGACACUGGCAGGAAGCUCUGAGGUAUAGACCACAAAGUCUAUGUAUAUUCAGGACUUCCGGAGAGAACUCGCCAAGGGUUGAACUGCUCUUUCUUUGGGUCCUGAGCAUCUACUGUUUUAGCUGCCAGAGAUAAUUACUAAGGAUAAUGAUGAAUGAAAAGUCCCGUAGCCUCCUGAAAUUCCAACAUGAAUUCCAGCCAAGUAACAGUCAUUGCAGGAUCUGCCUCACAGGAGAGAUGGAGGUCUGGGCACUGACUGCCCCUUUCUCGUUCCUCGUUUCAGUCCUGAGUCAUUUAUUCCAUCAGCCAUCCAACUAGAAUGGCUCCCGUCCCAUUGCCUUCAUGAAGUUGUCCCUGACCUUUCCAGCCCUGUUGUUCUGCUUUUCUUUUGAAAUCCUGUGGUAUUACAUACGGUACAGAACAUAGAUUGCCUGAAACUAGUCAAUCCUUCAUCAUUCAUUCAUUCAAUAAACA